UUAAAAGUCGAAAGCAGGAGGAUGGUUUCUCUUCAGUCUGGUGGCACACGUCUUGCGAGCAACGUGAUCGUUACUUUUGCUCUUCUCUCUCUCGUUCGUUCGUUCGGUCGCCCCGUUUCGUGUGUACGUGUGAGAGUGCCGCCGCGUGUGUUGUUGUUCUCUCUAACGUUCUUCCUCGCACUUGGAAAAUUAGGUGUACAAUGGACUCUAUCCGUCGGAGAGUCACCUUUGUCUCACGCCACAUCCAUCACUAAGUUUUUCGAGAUAAUCAAAUCACAGCAGAGAAAUUGUUGACAUUUUUCGGCUCGAAAGAAAAUACCAAAAAAGAGUCGAGUGUCGUUGACCAGAAAAUAGAAAAAUAAAAUUCCUCUAGAAGAAGAAGAAGAAGAAGAAGAAGAAUCAGGUUAUUCCCUCCCACGAAAAUUGUCUCCGGCUGAUUGAUGACCGUGAGGAUGACGCCGGCCUGCUGGGUGGUGGUGCUGGUGAUCUGGACGUGCCUGCUCGUCUCUACCUGCAGCGGGGACUUUUGUCCGCAGCCAGUGACAAGGACGGUGACGUGUAAAGUCAAAAAUGGUACAGAGACUUACACGAAAAUGGUGCCGCGCCUCUGCAAGCGAAACUGGCCUCCAUCGCAAGCGCAAACGUCCGGCGCAUCGUCAUCCGCCGGCGCUCCGCAGCACGUCAAUUGCGGCAUGGAGCCGAGGGUGAAGGAACGGCCCCGACUGGUGACAACUUACAAACAAAUCACGGAAAUGCAGUAUCGUUGCUGUCCCGGCUUCUUUGGUGAAAACUGUGAUAUGGAAUGUUUCAACUGCACAACGCUAGAGCGGAUGGAGCGGCGUUUGCGGACCGUGGAGGAAACCAUUCGCGGCGGGAACGGCAACUACAGUCAAGCUGGACCGCACCAGCGGCCCUUCAUUCGUCCAGGUCGCCCGGACAUGAGCCACGUCACUGGCACGACAGGACCUAGAGGGGUGGCGGCAAUGGGAGGCACUCACAUGCGCCGGCCAGCCAUCGGAGUGACUCGUCGUCCUUUCAGCGGGUAUCACGAUAUAAGGAAAACGGAUGCCACUCUCAAUGGACCGGUCCAGCCAGGGACAACUACCGAUGCGUCAUUGACUAGUUCCGCCGCUGGUGCCAGAACGCCGCAGCAAACCAGGUGCAAUUGUCCAGCCGGACCUCCCGGUCAAGCUGGAGCGCAAGGACCAGCUGGAUUAACCGGAAUUCCGGGAUUACCUGGAAGAAAUGGAGUUGAUGGACUUCCAGGUGUUGCCGGAACUCCAGGUUUGGAAGGUUCACCUGGACAGAAAGGCUUGCCUGGAAUAGACGGACUUCCCGGACUACCUGGAAACCCUGGUCCGCAAGGUCUCACCGGCCUUCCCGGUUUGCCCGGCUUGAAAGGUGAAAUUGGCAGCCCUGGACUAACGGGAGAAAGUGGCACUCCGGGACUGGAUGGACUUCCAGGAACGCCAGGUCUUCCAGGAGAGGCAGGCCUUCAAGGCAUCGAUGGUGUACCAGGUUCCCCUGGCCCAGUUGGCCCAGCAGGUCCAGCAGGACCUCCAGGUCUUCCAGGUCCCCCUGGCUUACCGGGGCUUUCCUCCUUCUCUCGGACUGACUCGAAUGACAAUGAAGAAGCAACAAAAGUAGGACUACCUGGCCCACCUGGCCCUGCCGGUUCGCCAGGGCUUCCAGGUGCUCCUGGUGUCGCUGGUCCACCUGGCGAACGAGGUGAAAAAGGUGAACCAGGGGACAGCGGGACGGCGGGACCGCGUGGCCAGCGGGGAGAAAAGGGCUCCAAGGGCGAGCGAGGCUUCGACGGGGUCCGCGGACCACCAGGGGAUUCUGGACUAACUGGACUUCCGGGACCCAAAGGCGAUCGGGGAGAUGGCGCCUUGGACGGCGUCGAUCUCUCUGAGUCUAUUCUUCAACUCCACCAGCUCGUCGAUGAGCUGCGCAGUCAAAUUAGCGAACUUCGCGACCGUGUCGUCAUACUGGAACUUGGCGUUGGCGAGUCCACCGAUACGGCCGAAGCCCAUACCGGUACUCACCUAGCGCCACCUACGCAAACAUCUCCGGCGCCACCAACAACAACUACAACCAUCAAGCCACCGGUGGUCGUCAGUACCACGCCAACGCCGCCACCCGUGGAAGAGGAGGAAGAAGGAGAUGAUUACGACGAGGAUGCCGCAGUGCUGGCAACGUCAUCGACGACCGCUAGUCCGGCUUCGGUUCUGACGUCACCACCUCCGCCGAUCGUCAACCCUCCUCCAUUGUCGACAGCUGACCAAGACUACGGCGAAGAUGAGAUCGACUCUGAAGAAGAUUACACGGAGACAGAGGAUGAAGAUGAAGAUUUAGUUUUGGACAGCCGGCCAGCAUCUGCAGCAGCUCCAGGUCGAGCUUCCACUACGGCGCCGGGUCGUAAUAACCGGCCCAAUAGUCCAGCCAUCAGCGGUGGGCGUGGCAAUGUGGCCAACAAUCUUCUAGCCGAAGAUGAUGACGAAGAUAUUGAUUCAAUUUUGAGCCCCAACGCCCGGGUGGAGCCCCCUGGGCGAGGAGUGUCCACGGUGGAUGCGGAAGACGAAGAAGAGGAGGAAGAAGAGGAUCCGGAAUACGACGAUUACGACGAUUCUCCAACCAGCCGAUCCAAGCGACAUAAAACAGCCUCGGCGACGUCUAAUAAGGACUCGAAGACUAAUAAGCACCACGCUGCUGCCAAGCACGACAAGAAAUCUAAAAAGUCUGUCCGAACUAAACUCAAGCCGAAGCGGACUUGAAUUUCCCGCCGAUAUUAAUCAUUGCGAUUUCGUUGCCAUUUGCCAGAGUUAAGCCAUUUUGCUUUCAAUUUUUUUUUUAUUCUCGUACGGUUGCCAAAACCUUUUUGUCUAUCCUUUUUUGUUUGAUUUGAUUUUUUUUUCAUCGGUUGCCGAGGCUAAAAAUGACUGCCAUAAUGCCAUUAAUAAUUUAGUUUUCUCUUCGUGCAUGCUCUGCAAUUUCCCCCCGUUUUGUUAGAAGAAGAAGAAGGAAAAGAAAAACAAAAAAAGAAAAAACCCAGGCUUGAAACUAUAUUAUCUUUAACAUAGAAUUGGAACUUCUUGACUGCCGCCCAAUUUUAAUUUCCUUAUCGCAUUCGGUUCCGAUUGGUUCUGUUCCCCAACAAGCUACGGUCCCCCCCUUUUUUUCUCCCCCUCAAACAAAAAAACGUUUUUCAUUUAGGGUCACGGUGGAAUAAACGGAGCCAUAUACAUACAUAA